UCUGAUGGCGAUGCACCGAACGCCUCUUCGGAUAGUGCUGGUUGGGAAGACUGGUUCAGGGAAAAGCGCCACUGGAAACACUAUUCUGGGUAAAAAAUGCUUUAGUUCAAAGGUCUGUCUAAACUCAGUGACCAGAGAUUGUCAAAAAGAAACAGGAGAGGUCGAUGGCCGUCUCGUCGCUGUGGUCGACACCCCAGGUUUGUUCGACACGACUCUGUCCAACGAUGAAGUGAAACAGGAGCUGCUGAGAUGCAUCAGCAUGUUGGCUCCUGGACCGCACGUCUUCCUGCUCGUCCUACAGAUCGGACGCGUUACUCCAGAGGAAAGAGCAUCCGUGGAGCUGAUCAAGGAUUUCUUUGGCCAGGAGUCUAAAGACUUCAUCAUUGUUGUCUUCACUAGAGGAGAUGAGCUCAGAGAUGUGACGUUUGAGACGUACAUGACGGAAGGAGGAGACUUUAUCAGAAAACUGAUAGCUGGAUGUGGGGGGAGAUACCACGUGCUGAACAACAACGAUCCCGAUGACCGUUCUCAAGUCAGCGAGCUGAUGGGGAAAGUUGAUGGAAUGGUACGGAAGAAUAACGGUGGCUACUACACCUCAGAGAUGUUUGAAGAAGCAGAAGCAGCCAUUCAGCAGGAAACGGAGAGAAUACUGAAGGAUGAAGAGAUGCAGAAAAAGAUGACAGACUUUAGAGAACGACUUGAAGAUAAAAUGCGAUUAAAAAACAGAUCGUCAGGGGACUUUGCUACAUUUCAACAAAAAGCGGCACAAAACGCUCAAAGAGUCAGAGAAAAGGAGGAGAACAUUAGGAAGGAGGAAGAGAAGAUUAGAAGGGAGGAGGAGGAGAUGAACAAGAAAAGGGAGGAGCAAGUGCUGCAACGAGAAUGGGAUUAUAAAAGAGAUCUCCUACUGAAAAAAAUGAGACCUGAAAGUCGAUUAAUAACGGAGGGUUUAUUAUUACAAAGCAAAGAAGAAAUAAGAAAAGAAAGCGAGAUGAGGGAACAGGAGAGGAGGGAAUGGUGGGAGAAACAAAACCGGGAAGAUGAGAAAAGGCGAGAAGAGGAGCAGAAACGACUUGAAAGGCUCAGAGAAGAAUUUGAGCGGGAAAAAAUGAGAUAUGAAUUAGAAAAGCAAAAAGAGAAGGAAAUCCGACGAGAACAAGAGGAAAGAGAAUGGAAAGAAGCAAAAGAAAUGUUUAAAAAGCAACUGGAGGAAAUGGAGAGGAAACAUUAUGAGAAGGCCAGAAAACAAGCUGAACAAUGCAACCAGUUCAGACACAAAUACACAUGUGACGUCACCGCGGAGUUUGAGAAGUUAGGACAAGACAUCCAGCAUCUGAAGCUGGAGCACCAAAAGGAAAAGGAAGACAUCAUCAGGAAGCUGAAGAAAGAUAAAGUGUGUGACAAAAACUUCAAAAAGAUGAGGAAACGACAAGAGGAGGAAAUGAAAGAGCUGAAAUCAUCACUUUGUUUCCAUAGCAACGAAGACAUCAGGAAGAACAUAGAAGAGCUGACGCUGAUCCAUCAACAGGAAACCAACGAGUGGAUUCAGCAGCAGGUGGAGAAAGCCGCAGACAGGAGAAUGUGUAGCAUCUCCUAACAGCUGCCGUCUCUGAACCCUUCCGGUCACAUCGGGUCAGUCAGAACUU